AUGACCGAUCAAUGUGCUACUAUGUCUGCUGCAAUUUCGCUGGUUUUCCCAAGUGCAAGGCACAGGCUUUGUAUUUGGUAUAUUGGAGAGAAUUCAAAGAAACAUAUUAAAUGUCUAAGGAGUCAAAACGGUUUUAUGGAGUUAUUUAAUUUUCUAUUGAAGUACACAGACACAGAAGCUGAGUUUGAAUUUUAUUGGAAUAGGUUGGUGACGGACUAUAAUUUCCAUAAAAAUGUUUGGUUAAACAAAUUGUAUGAUAUUAGGGAGAAGUGGUGCCCUGCUUUUAAUAGAGAUUACUUCUCUGGAGGUAUCUUAUCUUCCCAACGGAGUGAGACUACAAAUCAUUCAAUUUCAAGAAGGUUAUCUGAGUUGUCUGAUUUUUACAACUCUUUUGUUAAUGUGGUUUCUGAGUGGAGGAGCAAAGAGAAUGGGGAAGAUGUGCGGUGUUCUCAAGGGUUGCCUACAAUGGCAUUGGAUCAUGUAAAACUUAUUUUACAUGCUAGGAAUGUAUACACUAUUGAGGCUUACUACUUGUUUGAGCAACAAUUUUUGAAAGGUGUUGCUUGUCAUCAAGAGAGUGUAGCGAGCAAUGUUGAUGAGCUUAAAUAUCACAUUUGGCGGCCGGAUAUUGACAUUAUUCGGCAUGAGGUUUGUUUCAAUAUUAAGGAUAUGAACAUAUGUUGUACUUGCAAGUUUUUCCCCGAGAUAGGUAUUCUUUGUUCACAUUGUUUGCGUAUUUUGAACAUUCAUUGUGUUGAAAACAUUCCUGAGAAAUAUAUUUGUAGAAGGUGGACAAAAAAGGUUGUUGAACAUAGGAUUAUGGACAUUGCAUCUUCUUCUAGUAGUUUGACAGUUGCUUCUCCAAUUUGGGUGAUAGAUAUGGGUAGAAAAUGA